AUGACGAUCUCCACAUUACAGCUGCUAAUCCCACACAACUCCCGAUUAUGGGAAAGACACCACAUUAGAUACAUCACACAACUAAUACAGGGAAGGACAAUCAUACCCUUCCAACAGCUCCAAGAGGUUUAUAACUUCCCGAACACAGCUGAAUUCUCAUAUUUCCAAGUAAGGGCAUGGCUCCUCAAACACUAUGAACCAACCAUGAAACAUGUAAAUGAGCAGCGGCUGACGGCCUUCGAACGGUUGACAACACAGAUGCCAGCUAAGAAAACGAUUUCGCUACUAUACACAUGUCUAACUAACGAUGCGAGUAUCAAAACACAGCCAUUCAUUCGAGCCUGGGAGUGCGAGCUUAACCUCAACCUCCCUGACAAAACAUAG